AUUGCAUUAGUGCUUUAGGAAUCCUGAUAAAACGUCACAAACUUCUGUUCAUUGGUAUUAGGGACAGAAUAGAGUGAGUGCUUGAAGAACUGCCUUGGCUUACCAAUCUAUCUCUUCACAACUUCCAAUCAUCUCUAGGGAACCUAGCAGAAAUAGUUCCACAGAGCAAAAGUUAUAAUACAGAAUGUGAUUAAAGGGGGACGCAGACUCUUAAUGACGUCAGGUAUUCCCGGGACCCGCCCACCGUGGGUGUUUUCCACCUACAGCCAGGCGCCUCCGGGGGCGGGGCUUGCUCAGUGUUGACGUCACUACUGAGCGACGGGCGCGUUCCGUUGGCGGCGGAUUCGAAAGUUCUGACCCGGGUUUCUCUGCCUGAAGAAGCGUAAGAGGGACCGGAUUGUUAUCAUUGGCCCAGUGUCCCCGGAGCUUGUGUGAGAUACAGAGAGCACCUCGGACGCUGAGGCAGCUGGUACUUGACGGAGAGGAUGGCGCUGUCGACCAUAGUCUCCCAGAAGAAGCAGAUAAAGCGGAAGGCUCCCCGUGGCUUUCUAAAGCGAGUCUUCAAGCGACAGAAGCCUCAACUUCGUCUGGAGAAAAGUGGUGACUUACUGGUGAGAUUCCAUCCCUUCUCGGGCUGGGAAUGGGGCACGGGAGAGGUCCAUCUGAACUGCUUACUCUUUGUUCAUCGAUUAGCAGAAGAGUCCAGGACAAACGCUUGUGAGAGUAAGUGUAGAGUCAUUAACAAGGAGCAUGUACUGGCUGCAGCAAAGGUAAUUCUAAAGAAGAGCAGAGGUUAGAAGUCAAAGAAUAUAUUCUUGAAAGUUAUUAUGAUGCCUUCUUUUGGGCGGUAACAGAUCAUAAAGACUUUUUUACACAUCAAUUUGGGAUUAUUAAAUAUUGGCUAUAA